AUGAGCCGUACCAGCGGUAUUCAAUUCGCCAAAGGUAAUGAAAUAUCAGGGAAUUAUGGGCUUUGGGAUCCUUCCAAGAAAAGGGUUCUUCUGAAUGUAGAUUUUCAUAUCUCCAGGGCUAUCGGUGUAGAUUACAAGAUAGGCCUUAUCACCACGCUGGUACAUGAGAUGAUGCAUGCGUUCUUUGAUGUUUUUGGAACGGAGAGUUCAUGUAGCAUUUCCCCCGAAAAUGGCGGAAUUGGUGAUCUCGAUGGUCAUGGCCCACCAUGGGCGGACGCAAUGGCUAGCGUGCAGAACUCUUUGAAUGAAGUACUUCCUUUUAUGAUUGAUGGACAAAUAUUUCAUUCCGUUGAAUGGAGUAUGAGUAAAUACGACUGGACACCCACUCGAAGCCAAAUGAUCAGAUGGGGUGCAACACCAGCUGAUAUGAAAAAGUCAACUGACACGACAAAGGGUUUCACACUAUGGGAUAGGUAUCUCGAUGCAACCUUUUAUUUGUGCACAAUGAUGAUGGCUCUAUUCUCGGGGUUGUCCCUCCUCGACCUAUUUAGGUUCAUAGAUUCAUGA